AUGGCUAUGACCGAUGUGGCGAUUGACUCUCUUGUUUAUCCAAGAAGUCAAACACCUGAUGAUGAAGGCGAUUUCCAAGAUGAUCAACUUGCCCUGGUACCACUGUCCAUUCGCAGUCUCAUCAAGGUCAUCCAAGGAUACGUUUACUACCGCAAACAUGUCCAUAAUGAUCCUGUCAACCCUGACAACUGCAUGGAUAUUGACUAUGGAAGUGUACUUGACUAUAGGGCUUCUGGAGAGUUCUUAACUUUUGGUAAUAGAACUAUUCCACAACCUAUUAUCCAGAAACCCAGUCGUCGUACCCCUGCUGAUGAAUUUGAUAGAAGCAUCAGACGAGACCCGUCGUCUUUCCCUACUUUUAGCAAUGAUAAGCAAUGGGAAAACUACAAUCGUAACCUCGCAGCCAUCUGUCGCACUUACGGUCUCAAAAAUGUCCUUAAUCACAAGUACCGCCCACAAACUGUUGAUGAAAAGGACCUCUUUGACCGUCAGCAGGCGUUCAUGUAUCAAGUCUUUACCACGACUCUCCUCACCGAUAAAGGCAAGCAAUUUGUUCGUGAGCAUCAAGCAACCUUCGAUGCGCAGACAAUUUACAAUCAACUUGCUAAAGCCUACACUAAGUCUGUUAAAGCUGAUGCCACCGCUACUGGACUUCUCCGAUGGAUUAUGACUGCUAGGCUUGAUGAUUCAUGGCGCAACACACAUGAAUCAUUCAUCAUCCAUUGGCAAGAACAAGUACGCAAAUACCACACCUUGGCAGACAUUAGUCAAAGGAUGCCCAAAACCCAGCAACACCUGCUUCUCGAACAAGCCCUUAUUGCUGUCCCUUAUCUCAAUGAGAUUCAGAGACUCUCUAGGAUUCUCGAGAUGCAAACGGGUAAGGCAAUCAUUCUUGACGACUAUGUCACACUGGUGGAAUCUGCAGCCCAAAGUUACGACACCCGGCAAGUCUCCAAGCCUAUGCCUAAAAACAAUCCUAGUAGAGAUGUCUACUUUACUGGUGUGGAAGAUCUAGAUCCCAAAGUGGACGACAUUGACAAAUGGACCGACUGUAUCACUGGCGAUGGAGCUAAGAGCCGUUUUGAUCAAGUAGAUAUCCUCAAGAGAAAUAAAACUAAAACAACCUCAAAGGAUUCUAUUUUUGAUGAAGCCAUACACUUCUUUGAAACUUUUCAGUAUGCAUCAGCAUUUGAUGAACCGUACAAGGAUUCCGAAUGUACAGAUACUGGAACAGAUUGUCCAGAUACUGGUCCGGACUAUUUUGACUGCAACAUGGUAGAGUCAUCCUGUCCAGAUCCGUACUACAUUGAUCCUCCCAUCUUCGUCAUGCCUGAAGCCAAUAAAUCAUGUAGGCACCCAAGUGUUAUACUUGUUCCUGAUGCCUCUAUCAAGUUUGAUGUUGAGGUGGGACCAUUGUUCACCAAAGGAUCUUCUCAAGAGUUGACACAUGAUUUGCCAACUAGACCCCCAAAACCAAAGGACACGUUCACUAUUGACGUACCUUCCAGACCUCGAUGCAACACAAGUUGCAAGGUUUGUUUUGGUCAUGGUAUUUGGCCCGGCAAUGGGGAGCAACCAGACACUGGACCUCCACGAAGAAACAAGCAAGAGCACAAGACUUUGCCACUAGCUGAUACUAUGGUGUACAAGAACCCAAGCUCAGCAGUGAAGUCUUGUGAACGCAACUGGGAGCGACUACGUCAAUAUUUUGCGUGGUUACCUAAGCAUUCUUUUCACUGUACUACUACUGAUCUAGCUAGAUCUCCCACAAACGCCCACCUUGAGCACAAAUAUAAUCCUCUGUCUCCACUUCCAGAGCCGAUCAGUUGCAUGGUCGUCUUGGUAGGCAUCGCCAAGCAUGAUUGUCACAACAUGACCAACAUAUUUCUGUUUCUCGAAACGAACAACGUCUUGUUGCCUUCUGACAUAUUCUCUGCUCUACCACCUACCGGACUACACAAACGUCUUGUUCUACCUGAUGGGGAGGAGUUAGUGCUCCCUACAAUAACCAAGUCAAUUGAUCUAUCUGAUGGGGAGGAGUUGACACCCCCUACAAAAAUCAAAUCUAGAGACCAUAAGUCCCUCAAGACCAUUGUUCAUUCUAGUGAUGAUGAAUCAGAUAUAGAAGACGUUCUUUUAGAAGAAAAGGACCUCAUUGGACGGACUUUCCUUCUUUCACCAGAUGAUGAAGGUUAUGUUCAAUGUGCUAAGAUUGUUGAGCUUAAUUACAAGCACAAUCGCAACACGGGCAUUCAGCCUGCACGCAUUCAACUAUGCUUGAACAUUGAUAAAGGCAAAUAUGAACAUGUUAUGGCCUAUCAUGAGAUCCACAAGUGGUCAGAAACUGACAUGGACAACCCCAUAGACACGAAGCUGAAGCAAGGUUGUAAACUUCUUCAAAAUAUAAUGAAGAUCAAGAGGAAAUUCCUUUGUCCAACCAAUCAAGUCAAGCUGAGAUUGCUACAUACUACUACACUAAAGUAUAUGUACAACUACGAGAUCCAGAAGAACCACAAUGGCGUCCUUCGACUUGACAAACUCCAUGGCAACACCAACUGGAAGCAUGCCACCAAAGUUGAGAUGGAUCUGCUUGCAAGGUACAAGGUCCUUGUGGAUAUGGGGAGAGGAACCUCAAUGACAAAAGAUCACCAAAAGGUCAGAGUCCAACUUGUCAAUGCCCUUAAACAUUGUGACAAACACAAGCCCAGGCUCCUAUCGUUUGGUGACCUUACCCACGUACUGCCAAACAAAACAAGACCCAGCUGUCUAUUGACAGACCAAUCGGUUGUGGGUAUACUCCAUCAUAUGUUGAAUGGAACACCAAUCGAUUUCUUCUCUAGGGAGCAGUCAACUGUUGAGACUGCUACUUAUGGUUCUGAGUUUGUAGCCACUCAAACCUGUGUCAAACAGAUCAUGGAUCUUCAACAGACCUUGAGGUACCUUGGUGUGCCAAUCAAAGGUCAAAGCUACAUAUUCGGUGACAAUGAAUGUGUUGUGAACAGUUCUUCCCGACCUGAAGCAAAGCUACACAAGGGGCAUGUUGCAUUGUCGUUCCACCGUGUGAGAGAAGCAGCAGCAUGUAACAUGCUAUCUUUUAUCCACAUUGACGGUGUUCUCAACCCUGCUGAUAUUCUCAGCAAGCAUCGGGGCCAUCAGCAAAUCUGGCCACUAUUACGGACUCUAAUGUUCUGGUCUGGUGAUACUGCUGAUCAAGAGGUAUAG